AUGUCGACUACCGGAGAGCGCGACCCACUCGACGAACAUGCCGACGAAUUCGCGCGCCCGACCUCGGCCCUGCUGAGCCCUACCGAUGCGCCCGACACGCUCGCCGUCGGCAGGCUGGCCUCGCUGUCGUUGGGAGAAGACUCGCUCGUAGUGCUAGACGAAUCAUUCGCCGAAGUCGACCCCAAGUGUUGCGGUCUGCUGCCUAGCGGCUCCAAACCCACCCGCUCCAUUCCGCUGUACAACGUGCUCUGGGCAGAGCUCGCCGAGUUUGACAUCGCCAUCCACUAUGCGCGCCAGGUCUCGUCGUCGGUCGUGCGCCCGGCCUUCAUCAACUACACGGUCGAGAAGGAUGACCGCUCCAAAGCGCGGCUGUGGAUCGAGAAGCUCCUGGACCGCGCGUAUGGAGCCUCGCAGCGGCAGAAGCGCAUCAAGGUGUUGGUGAACCCGUUCGGCGGGCAGGGCGGCGCGCAGAAGAUGUACAUGAAAGAGAUCGAGCCCAUCUUCGCGGCCGCGCGUUGCGUCAUCGACGUCGAGGAAACGCAGUUCUCCGGCCAUGCCGUGGAGCUUGCUGCUGAGAGGCUGGAGGUGGAUGAUUGGGACGUCAUCGCGUGCUGCUCCGGCGACGGCGUACCGCAUGAGGUCUUCAAUGGCCUGGGAAAGCGGAGGGACGCGGCGAAGGCACUGCAACAAGUUGCUGUUGUCCAGCUCCCGUGCGGUAGUGGCAACGGUAUGAGCCUGAACCUGAACGGCACAAACAGCUGUAGCUUGGCUGCUCUCGCCGUUGUCAAGGGCCUCCGCACGCCAAUGGACCUGGUGUCAAUCACUCAAGGUGACCGCCGCACCCUGUCUUUCUUAUCCCAAUCCGUUGGGAUUGUUGCCGAGUGCGACCUCGCCACGGAAAACCUGCGCUGGAUGGGCGGUCAGCGCUUCACAUAUGGCUUCCUCGUUCGUAUCAUAGGCCAAACAGUCUACCCCUGUGACGUUGCUAUCGGACUGGAGAUCGAUGACAAAGCUGCCAUCAAAGAAGCCUACUACCGCGAGGCUGCCAACCCCCCUCAGGACGGCACCAAGAAGCGGCAAUCCAUCAUGGUCGGCGAGGAGACGGGCCUGCCCCCGCUGCGCUUCGGCACCGUCAACGACCCGCUGCCGGAAAGCUGGACGCUGAAGCCGUACGACAAGAUGGGCAACUUCUACUGCGGCAACAUGGCGUACAUGUCGGCCGACGCCAACUUCUUUCAGGCCGCGUUGCCCAGCGACGGCUGCCUCGACAUGGUCUGCAUCGACGGCGACAUCAAGCGCUGGACGUCCAUCAAGACGCUGCUCUCGGUCGAGGAUGGUAGCUUCUUCGACCUCCCGCAUGUCAAGUACCGGAAGGUCUCUGGCUACCGCAUCACCCCAAAGAACCAGAAGGACGGGUAUAUCAGCAUCGACGGUGAGCGGGUUCCUUUUGAGCCGUUCCAGGCCGAGGUGCACAAGGGGCUGGGAACGGUGUUGAGCAAGACGGGUCACUUGUACGAGGCGAGAGGUCCGCCUCAUUAA